CCGCCCCGCGCCGCCUUCCGGCCUCCCGCGCGGCCCGACUCCCGUCCCUCGCCUCGGCGCCCACACCCGGGGGCGGCCCGGCCCGCUGUCGCCGCGGGGGCCGCGUCUGGCGCGCAUCUGGAACCGCCCGGCCGGCCGCCCUGGAGCCCGCGCCCGCCCUGGCCCGGCCGCGCCGGGAGCCCUGCCCCGAGCUGGAGCCGCACCUGGAGCCGCGGGCCCGGGGCCCUGAGCCGCGCAGCCGGCGCAUGGUCAACUCGCUGCUGUUCGGGGAGAUGGCCUUGGCCUUCGGCUGCCCGCCGGGCGGCGGCGGCGGGGGCUGCCCCGGCGGCGGCGGCGGCGGCGGCGGCGGCGGCGGCGGCGGCGGCGGCGGCGGGGCCGGGCCGGGGCCGUCCCCGGUGACGGCGGCGCUGCGGGACGACCUGGGCUCCAACAUCCACCUCCUCAAGGGGCUCAACGUGCGCUUCCGCUGCUUCCUGGCCAAGGUGCACGAGCUGGAGCGGCGCAACCGGCUGCUGGAGAAGCAGCUGGAGCAGCAGCAGAGCGAGCGCGAGCGGCGGCUGCGCUACAAGACCUUCUCCCGCGAGCAGGCCGUGCAGACCGGGCCCGAGCUGCUGCGGCCGCCGGCGCCCGGCGCGGGGCUCGGCAGCGGCGGCGGCGGCGGCGGCGGCGGAGCGGCGGCGGGCGCCAACGCCAACGCCAACGCCAACGCCGUGGCCCUGGGCGGCCUGCCCCCCGGCGGCGGCUCGCACCCGCAGCACUACGGCCGCCUGCCCGGGACCAUCUGGAGCUACACGCAGGUGCGGCGCACGGGCGGCGGCGGCGUGGAGACCGUGCAGGGCCCCGGCGUGUCGUGGGUGCACCCCGACGGCGUGGGCGUGCAGAUCGACACCAUCACGCCCGAGAUACGCGCGCUCUACAACGUGCUGGCCAAGGUGAAGCGCGAGCGCGACGAGUACAAGCGGAGGUGGGAGGAGGAGCUUGCCAAGCGCAUGAACCUGCAGACCAUGGUGGACACGCUGCAGGAGGCGGCGCAGGAGGCUGAAGCCAUCCAGGAGGAGAUGAACGAGAAGAUCGAACGGCUCAAGGCCGAGCUGGUGGUGUUUAAGGGGCUCAUGAGUGAUCCCAUGACAGACCUGGACACAAAGAUCCAAGAAAAGGCCAUGAAGGUGGACAUGGACAUCUGUCGCCGGAUCGAUAUCACGGCCAAGCUGUGCGAUGUCGCACAGCAACGGAACUCGGAAGACGUGUCCAAGAUCUUCCAGGUGGUCCCCAAAAAGAAAGAGCGUAAGGUGGCUUCGGACGAUGACAUCUCCGAGCAGGACGGGGAAGUGAACCGGUUCUCGGACGACGAGGUCGGCUCCAUGAACAUCACAGACGAGAUGAAGCGCAUGUUUAACCAGCUGCGGGAGACCUUUGAUUUUGACGACGACUGUGACAGCCUGACGUGGGAAGAGAAUGAAGACACACUGCUGCUCUGGGAGGACUUCACCAACUGCAACCCAACCAUCGACCUGCAGGGCGAGCAAGAGGAAAAUUUGGGCAACUUGAUCCAUGAAACAGAAUCCUUCUUCAAGACGAGGGACAAGGAGUACCAGGAAACCAUUGGCCAGAUCGAGCUGGAGCUGGCCACAGCCAAGAGCGACAUGAACCGACACUUGCAUGAGUACAUGGAGAUGUGCAGCAUGAAACGUGGCCUGGAUGUGCAGAUGGAGACCUGCCGUCGGCUCAUCAAAGGCUCUGCAGACAGGAACUCACCGUCCCCCAGCUCCGUGGCCAGCAGUGACUCAGGAAGUACAGACGAGAUCCAGGACGAGUUUGAGCGGGAGGCGGACGUGGAGCCCAUGGUCAGCUGAUGAUGGAGGCCCCCCGUGCGGGCUGGUCUCGGUGAUGGGGCCUCUGCUUCCUCUCCCCGCGGGGCCAGGAAGGCUCCUCGGAGUGGGGGUCCGGUCCUCACCACACAGACUCCCUCUGCCCUCCCUUGGCUGGAGGCCCCAGGGGACCGCUGCUUCCUCCCUUCCACCCCACCACCAACCAGUGCCCCUUCUCCAUCCACCCACCCACCCACCCACCACCCACCCAAGGAAUGGUGCUGUCAAUUUCUAUCGUUCUCCACAUUACAAAUGUAGACUUCUGUCCGGACGAUGCAGUGUUAACUGUGCCUUUUCCCUUAAGCUGAGCCACUUUGAGCUCCAAAGAAUUCUUCCUAGCAGGUGUUUUUAUACAAAACUCUAAGGUGAGGGCGGGGCCCCUGGCGUGGGAUCAUGUGGAUGUCUACCCUCCCACCUGCUCCUCUGAUUGGCCAUGACCUCUGCCCUCCCCGCCUCUGCCUGGCCAGUGCUGACCUUGGGGUGGUCCACCUACCCCCCACCACCCGCACCCCAGGAAGGAGCUGUUUGCCUGUGCAACCUUUCCAGGCCUGGGCGGUGUGUGUGGGGGGUUACCCCGACCCCCACCCCCCACCCCAAGUGUUUUUUUUACUUACCGACCGAGAGAAAAGAUGGAAGGAGGGAGGGCAGACAAAAUUUUAUUUUCUUUUUUGGAUCGAGUGGCAAAGCGGAGGGACAAGGCACCAUGGGGGAAAGUGGAAUCUCACUGUGUUUAAACUACUAUGCAAAAAAAAAAAAAAACAAAAAAACCCACAAAAAAAACAAAAAAAACAACCCACAAAACAAACAAACAAAAAAAGCAGCUUGCCUUAUAUCAUUGUGUAAGGUCGGCCCUCGCCCAGACUCCUGGUGUUGCCCUGGAGCUGGGAGGGAGGCCGAGGCAGCCCCCGAGGGUGAGCACCCGCUGGGAGGGGGCCUUUUGUCAAGGUCGAUGGUGAGGCUGGGGGUGGGGGUAGCCUGCAAGGCCAUGGCUCACCCGACUGCUUGCUUUCUGGGGACCUCUGUGCGGUGGGAGGGGUCUUUUAGUGCCCUGAUGACUUGAUGUUUUUUUCUCUCCCUUCCCAGCCAGUGUAAGGGGCUAGAGAUCUGUAAUUUCUCUGUGAGAAAGUCUGAAGGGGGCUAGGCCUGGCGUCCACCCCCUCCACAGCGGAGCUGGGUUCCCACUGCCUGCCGCCGUCUUCGUGGGGUCGCCCACCACUGGGCCACUGGCAGGCCCUGGAGAGGGAAGGGGAGCCGUGGGGGGCAGCGAGGGCCGCUGGCGGAUCAGAGGUGUGGCAGGAGCCGAGCUGGAGUGAGAGCCAUCCUUUGUUCUGCUCAUGGACACACGCAAGCCUGUUUCCAUUACUUCACUUGAUUGACCGACCAGUGGGGGGUUCAUCUGAGCCAGUAUCUCCCCAAGACUUAGGUGGGCCUGUGUCACGAGGCACUGGGUUGAGGCCACCUGCCAAAGCUCAGCUUGGAGCUAGCCGAGCGGGUUUUGCUUUUUUUUUUUUUUUUUAAUGAUUUUUUUCUGUACCCACUCCUGUGGGUGGGAUUGCCCAUUUUUCUUUCUUGACUGGCCCAGGAGCGCCCCCUGGAGGUCAAAGGAGCGACACGUGCCCGAGGACCAGAACUUCCCACCUCCUGCUCUCCUGCGGAAGGCAGAGGAUGGGGGGCUCUGGCUUUAGAUCAGAUUGCAGCCCCCUGUCUCUCUUCCUCAGGGUACCAGCGACCUGUAAGGGCCUUCUCUCUCUUCCAUUUCCCCACCUGUUUUGCAGUCUUAAGACCAUUGUACAUAAUAUUCAUAUUAUAUAUAUAUAUAAUACGAUGUGUAUAUUAUAUAUAUAUAAUAUCCAUCCAUAUAUGUAUGGAGAGAGAGCGUGCGUGCGUUAGUGACUGUAUGUGAUUUUUAUUUAUCAGCACUUGGUGGCCUUUAUUGUGAGUUUGUUUCCUUUUUUAUUUCUGGUGGUGUUGUUGAGGGAACCUGCUGGUUCCCUGUGGCAGUCUGGCAGCCAAACAGUCCCAGGGCAGGUACGUGGAGGGACGGUGGCUUCAGAGGAGAGCCAGCCCCUUCCCCUCCUCCUCACUGACCCUUCUUCUAAAGGUUACAGGGUUCAAACGUAGCUGACUAUUCUUGUCAUUAGCGUUAUUGUUGUUUUCGUUUUAGUUUCAUUUUAACCAAAGGUGAUCAGAGCCAGUCGGGCUUGGACCUCAGCUGCUGGAAAGAUUUUCCGUUUCUGGGAGGACCCCCUCGGGCCUCCUCUGUCCAGGGCUGGGGGGGGUGUGUGUGUGUGUGAUUGAAGGUGUGGUGUGGGAGGCAGAGCAGAGGCCGGCCCCGGGGUGGUUCUCAAGGUGGUGGGGAGGGUGACAGACCCAUCUUUAGUGUUAAGACAUAAGGCGACAGUGUAAGUAUUGGGGUUGGGGGGGAAUAAUCCAGGUGACCGUGGCAGUCGGUGUCCGGUGGUAUUAUUUAUGCUUCCCCCCUCGUGUACAUAGGAUGUUUGUCUCGGGGACUAGGGUGCUCUAGUUUGUCCAGGGAGUCUGGAAGUGACAGGAGCCAGAGAUGGACGCUGGCCAUGCAGCCCCUUCCUGCUGCUUUUCUAUAGCUGUGCUCCCCUGGGGAGCAAGGAUUUGGGGCAGGUGGAUGGGCGUGCGGCAGACCUGCCUCCUGGGCAGGGGCGAGUGGCGGGAGGCGGGGAGCCCGGGUCUGGGCCUGGCUGCCUUUCUCCCCACCAAGUUCUUUUUUUGAGUUUGUUGCCAGUGGGCCCUGCUUGUGCCCUCGCCAUGAGCCCACAGCUUGCCAAGAAAGCCCCCAACGCUCGCUGGGGCAGCACCAGGUCCAGUUGGGAAGAACUGGUCCGUCCUUUGUAAAGCUGUAAAUACUCAAAUUUCUAUUUCUAAGCCCAGUGUCAUAUUGACAUUGGUAUUUUAAGGUCGUUCUCAGAUGGGCUCUCCAGCGCUGCCCUCUCUCACUCUCCUAUUUUGGGGGGGGGGUUUUAUAAAAAGAGAGGAUUGGGGAGAGGCAGGGAGAAGUAGCUUCCUUUCACCUCCCUGGUUGUGGAUCACACACACGCGCACGCACGCACGCGCGCACGCACCUCUGAGACUCCAAACGGGGGAAAAAAAUCAUUGGCAAGUGAACACCUCUUGUUUUCUUGUAGCAAUAUACCUUGAGGUCUCCGAAGGGCCAGUCCAUCGCGGACUGAGCUCCGACCUACGGAGAAGCAAACCACUUUGGCUUGGAAUGGGGGAGAGGGUGUGGGGUGGCAGGUACUCUAUGGUGUAACUUAAGCUAAAUGUAAUCUAUUUAUAAAGCAAGAGAUUCUCAUCUAUUUUUGUGAAAGGAAAGGGUUUUUAAAUCUAGGGUAGGCAGUUAUGGUAGCCCCGCAUUCUCCUGUGAACAAGAUGCAUGUUGCUGCUGGACUGAAUAUAACCAGUGCCCCUCCCGUCCCCCUGGCCUCACUGCCAGGUCACCUGCACCCAUGAGCGGCUUCAGCAGAGCCUAGGUCCCACCUCACCCCACUUCCUUGUUUCUCCACCUCCCCCCCCCCAGCUCCUUGGUCCUUGAAAGUCUUUGAUGGGGGGGGGGGUAACUCCGGGGAGUGGGUGGGUGGUGAGGGAUUCAGAAUCGAGGUCUGGGGUGGGGGGAGGAUGGGAGAUGGGGCACCGGGUGGGGGAUGAGCUCUGCUUCAGAGGGUGGGCUCUGGUCUGCCAAGAUCCAUUUCCGAGUUGGCUGUGUCUGGGGGAAGCUGAGAAGCAGCAGACCGUGGGUGUCCAUGAGACUGUUGGUUCUGGGAGCAUGCGGCUCCCUUGGGGCCUGGGCCCUACAGGGUCCCAGGCUGCAGGGUCCCAGGCUGUCAGGCAGCCGGAGCAGGUAUGGGAGUGCUCCAGGAGACGCCCACCACCCAGCCCCAGCUGUGCUUGCUCCAGGCCGGGGUCCGGGCUGCAGCCCUUGGUGUGCUCCUCCAGGGCCUGGGGCAGGGACUGGGCGCCUGGGGCUUCCUCAGACCCGGGUUCACCAUCUCAGCACACCGAGCUCUGGUUCUAGAAGGGCAUCCUCCUGGCACGGGGGAGUCUGGGGGCAGCUGGGUGGGUAUGGGUCAAGGCAAAUUCUCUCUGAAAGGGAGCUUCCCUUUGGGUGGAGGAUUUCCAGGUUCGGGGUGGCCUGUGUGUUAGUCUUGGGCGAAUCCCCCACCAUUCCCGCUGCCCGGCCCUCAAAGAAACGAGGCCAGGCACCAUCCCCACCCCCAGCAAGACCCCUUCGUGGACAUUUUAGCAUCUACCUGAUUUUUAGCCCCAUCCAGGGAGACUUUGUAUCCCGCAGUCCCAUCCCACCCCACUGUUGCUGUUUGUCUGCCCAUUGGGUCUAGUGUCAAGGGGAAAGGGGGAGGGUUUAUACUCAUUGAAAGACUACUGAUCCUACCGGAAACCAACCUGUUUACUGUACUGUUGUAAAUAUCAUGCCCUUUAUAUCCUGUAUAUUGGCUUCUUUUAAAUAAAGUGAAAUGUCUUAGAA